CGGCAGAUGGAAGCUCUCUCAGCUCUGACAAAGGGCAUUGACAUUGAGUCAGACCCUAAGGGGUUUUUCAAUGCAGCGCUACAGGUGUAUGAGAAAUUCGUGGAGCUUUUCAAAGAUGGAGGCCAGGCAGAGGCAGCCUCCAAAGCUCAGGAGGAUCUGGAGUCGCUGGAAAACACCAAGCUCAACAUUGCUGUCACGGGGGAGACGGGCUCUGGAAAAUCCUCCUUCAUCAAUGCCCUCCGCGGUUUGGGUGCUGAAGAUCAAGGCGCGGCUCAGACAGGGGUGAUAGAAACAACAACAAAGCUGACGGCUUAUCCCCAUCCAAGCUACCUGAAUGUGAUCCUGUGGGACCUGCCGGGGAUCGGGGCGAUGGAUUUUCGACCAGAGAGAUACCUCCAGCAGGUGAAUUUCAGCCACUAUGACUUCUUUGUCAUUGUUGCUUCUGAGCGGUUCCGAUCUAGCCACGCCGACCUGGCCCGGGAGAUCCAGAGGAUGGAGAAGAAGUUCUAUUUUGUGCAUUGCAAAGUGGAUGAAGACUUGGCCAACGCAAGAAGGGCUCAUCCUCAAGCCUACGUCAAAGAGAAUGUUCUCCAGAGGAUCAGGGAGAAAGCCAGGAAAUGCCUGAGAGACCAAGGAGCAAUCGACCCCCAGGUCUUUCUUCUCUCCAACUGGAACUUAGACCAGUAUGAUUUUCCCUUGCUGGAGGAGACUCUGGAGAAGGACCUCCCCCGUCUACAGAGACUUGUGUUCCUGCUCAGCCUGCCCAACUUCUCUCCGGAAAUCAUAGAGAAGAAGAAAUCUGCUCUGCGUGGGCACUUAUGGAAAAUAUCCCUGGUGUCGGCUUUUAUCAAUGUCCUUCCCAUGGGAGAUGUCUCUCUCGCCUGUGAUGUUGGCCUCCUGUUGGUAUCCAUGAUCGCCUUCUACAAACGAUUCAGCCUUGACGAUGACUCCUUAGCUAAACUGGCCAGGCAGGCUGGGAAGCCCAUGGCAGAGCUCAAGGCUGUUAUCGUCUCACCACAAGGGGAAGUUCUCACCCGAGAUGUAUUAAUGAAGAAGAUUGUCCAGGUUGGGUGCAGCCUCACCCGCUCAGUUGAACAAAACUUUGACCUCGUCCCAGUGAUUAGCACCCUGGGUGCAGCCGGGUUGUCCUUUGCUACAUCCUACUCCAUUCUGUCAAACUUCCUGGAGAAGGUGGCUGAGGAUGCACGAAGGGUUCGCAAGAAAGCUCUGGAGUAA